AUGCCACAGGCAAAGAAGACAGAUCCUACGGUGGAAGAUACCGAACAGCCAGACCAGACGGAGUCCCCCACCGCGAACACUUCUAGCACCGCGGAGUCAAAUGCUGACAAGCAAGAGGACGACGCGGCCGCUAAGGCACGGGAGAGACAAGAAAGAUUCAAGGCACUCAGGGCGCGAGCAAAAUCUGCCAAUGAACGCAACAUGAAAGAAACAGUUGCAGAAACCCAGCGACUUGCUACCGAUCCAAAUCUGGCGACCUCGUUGGCACGGAAGAAAGAUUUCGCCUCCCACAACCUUCUCAAAGCCGACACAGAAGCCGCCGGCGAAGAUUUUGAGCGCAAGCGAGCUUGGGACUGGACCGUUGAUGAAUCCGAGAAAUGGGAUAGACGUAUGGCGAAGAAACAGGCUCAUCGCGACGAUGUGGCCUUCCAGGAUUAUACUCAGGAUGCUCGGAAGAUUUAUAAGCGUCAGAUGCGAGAGCUUCCGCCCGACAUGGAGGCUUAUGAAAGAGAAAAGAUGGCUGCGAUCGAGAAGGCCGCCGCCAAUGGCGAUCUCGAAAUCGUCGAAACGGCUGAUGGAGAAAUGAUUGCGAUCGACAAGAAUGGCAGUUUCUACUCCACGGCAGAUAGUGUGGGCUUUACUGAGAACAAGCCGGACCGAGCGGCCGUGGACCGACUGGUCGGUGAUAUUCAGAAGGCUGAGGAGGUGCGCUUGAAGAAGCGCAAAGACCGACGCGGUGAUGAAGAAGCCGAUGUGACAUACAUCAACGAGAAGAACAAGCAGUUCAACCAAAAACUUGCUCGUUUCUACAACAAGUACACCAAAGAGAUUCGGGACAGUUUCGAGCGAGGAACCAAGGUUUAA